UGCAGUUUUACCGUAUAUAUAUAGAUAAAGGGUUAAUAAAAUAGAUGCACUUGCUGUGUGAUUUUAAAAAAGGGAAAUAGAAAGAGAGAAUAAGAAAGAGAAAAGGGUCGAGAUGUGGCUUAGUUUGAAAGCUAGUAGAGACAUAUGCACAGUUACACUUUGGGAGUGAUAUAAUCAUUUUAAUAUUUUCUCUCCUUUUUUUUUUUUUCCUUUUUUCUUCUUUCUUUUUAUUUUUUUUUAUUUUAUUUCUUAGAUAUGGCAGGGUUUGGUAAAAAAGCAAUGUCUGGUGAUGAGGACAGUGACGAUAUGGGAUCAACUAGAGCAAAUAAGAAGACGACACUAAAGAAGCGAAAGCGAUACAGUACAAAGGAAGAAGAAACUGAUAGUGUAUCAGUUGUUGUACCCAACCAUCAUCAUCAGCAGGAUGCUGAAAAGAAAAAGUUGAAAAAAGAAAAAAAACCGAAACAGAAGGCUACACCAAAGAAAAAAGCGCCGUUGGAUUUGGACAGACAGUGCGGUGUCAUCAUUACACCAAGUAAUCAUCCUUGUACAAGAUCACUUACGUGUAAAAUUCAUGCUAUGGGUGCAAAACGAUCUGUGGAAGGUAGAACACAGCCAUUUAAUGAUUUACUGGCAGCCUAUCAGAAAAAAGUACCUGGUACGAUGAAUGAUAAAGAUAAGCUUGAUGGAACGAAAAAGACAUGGAUGAAUACGGGGUCAAGUCAUAAAGAGAAUGCAAAGACAGAAGAAGAAGAAGAAGGGGAGGAUGAACGAGAUAAUAAUGAAGGACAAGAGAUUGAUUCUGAUGAAGAAACAGAGAGUGUACGAAUAGCCAUUGAACAAACUAAGCCUAUUCCGCUCGGAAAAAGACAAUUAUUUUAUGUUUGCCGAAAGCGUAAAUAUUACAAAUUAAGAGAUAUAUUAUUAGAUGCUAUCACACCAAAAGACUCUACUUCCUCCUCCUCUGUAUCAGCCACACCAGUAACUGCUGCAUCUGAAGUUUAUUCACAAAGGAUCUAAAAGAAUAUAUAUUAUGUGGUGCAAACACCAAAUAAAAAUAUAGUGAACCAAUCAAUAAACUUGUCAUUCUUUUGAAAGAAAAAAAAAAAAAAACGUGGGUAAUAUGGGUAAGUUUUAUCCACAUGUGAGAAAAAUUCAUUUACAAAAUCAUUCGUGUAACGGUACUCGCCUGAACGUUUUACAAAAUCGAGAUUUCACCGCCCCCGGAUAAGGACCUGCCGAAUAUAAAGUAAGU